UCUUCAGUUGGUAAAAUGAAGAAAGAAAAGAUGAAAUCCGUUUUGAGGGAAUUUUCUUCUUCCAUUUGAUGCUUUAGCAAUUCAAACAAGCGAUUUGCUGUAAUCUCAAUUCCAUUUCCAUUGAUUCCAAACCCUAAUCCGUAUCAUACGCAAUCGUCAGCUUCUCAUCUUCCCCAAUCCCUUCCCUUUUGGUUAUCUGACCUGUGUUUUGGUUCGGAAUCCAAGAGAGGAUGAGUUCUCAGAAGAAGAGAAAUUUCACGAUAGAAGCCUUCAAACAUCGUGUGGUGGUUGAUCCGAAAUACGCAGAUAAAACCUGGAAGAUACUUGAACAUGCCAUUAAUGAAAUUUACAAUCACAACGCUAGUGGCCUUAGCUUUGAGGAGCUUUACAGGAAUGCUUACAAUAUGGUUCUUCACAAAUUUGGAGAGAAACUUUACUCGGGGCUUAUGACCACCAUGACAUCACAUCUGCAUGAAAUUGCAAAUUCGAUUGAGGUUGCUCAGGGAGAAGUCUUCCUAGAUGAGCUAAACAGGAAAUGGACAGACAAUAACAAGGCGUUGCAGAUGAUCCGGGACAUACUGAUGUACAUGGAUAGGACAUUCAUCCCCAGCACUCAUAGGACCCCAGUUUAUGAGUUGGGAUUGAACUUGUGGAGGAGCACUGUUAUCCAUUCACUCAAAAUCCAGCCUAGGCUACAGGGCACACUUCUUGAGCUGGUGCACAGAGAAAGGAUUGGUGAAGGUAUAGACAGGGGUUUAAUGCGGAACAUAAUAAAGAUGUUGCUGGAUUUGGGGUCAACGGUUUACCAAGAGGACUUUGAGAAAACUUUUCUUGAAGAGUCGGCUGCUUUUUAUCGUGGUGAAUCUCAGCAGUUUAUUGAAAGCUGUGAUUGUGGAGAUUAUUUGAAAAAAGCUGAGACACGUCUUAACGAAGAGAUUGAAAGAGUCUCCCACUAUCUGGAUUCUAAAAGCGAAGCCAAGAUUUGUAAUGUAGUGGAGAAGGAGCUUAUAGAGAAUCACAUGCACAGGCUUGUACACAUGGAGAACUCUGGCUUGGUCCAUAUGAUUGUGAAUGAUAAAUACGAGGACAUGGGAAGGAUGUAUUGUUUGUUCCGAAGGGUGCCUAAUGGACUCCCAUUCAUAAGAGAUGUAAUGACUUCUCAUAUUAGAGAAACUGGAAAACAUCUGGUUACUGAUCCUGAGAAGUUGAAGGAUCCAGUGGAUUUUGUUCAGAGAUUGUUAGAUGAGAAGGAUAAGCUCGAUAAGAUCAUCCACACAGCAUUUAACAACGACAAGACGUUCCAGAAUGCCCUGAAUUCAUCGUUUGAGUACUUCAUUAACUUGAACCCAAGGUCGCCAGAGUUCAUAUCAUUGUUUGUGGACGAUAAGCUGCGGAAAGGACUAAAAGAGGUGAGUGAGGAGGAUAUUGAGAUUGUUCUGGACAAGGUGAUGAUGCUUUUCCGUUAUCUCCAAGAGAAGGACGUGUUUGAGAAGUAUUACAAGCAACAUUUGGCGAAGAGGCUUCUUUCGGGGAAAACAGUCUCGGAUGAUGCUGAGAGAAGUCUAAUAGUUAAGCUUAAAACCGAAUGUGGCUAUCAAUUCACCUCCAAGUUGGAAGGGAUGUUCACGGAUAUGAAGACAUCUCAAGAUACAAUGCAAGACUUCUACGACAACAUGGUUGGUGGCGAAGCAUCGGAUUACCCCUCACUAACAGUCCAGGUCCUCACAACUGGAUCUUGGCCAACUCAAGCGUCCAUCACAUGCAAUCUCCCUGUUGAGAUCCUCGGGGUAUGCGAUAAGUUCAGGACCUAUUAUCUCGGAACUCAUACUGGCCGGAGAUUGUCGUGGCAAACAAACAUGGGGACUGCGGAUCUAAAGGUGACAUUCGGUAAAGGGCAGAAGCACGAACUGAACGUGUCGACAUUCCAGAUGUGUAUCCUUAUGCUGUUCAACAACGGAGACAGGCUAACAUACAAAGAAAUUGAGCAGGCAACUGAAAUACCUGCUGCGGAUUUGAAAAGGUCUCUGCAGUCUUUAGCCUGUGUUAAGGGGAAGAAUGUGCUGCGGAAAGAGCCCAUGAGUAAGGAAGUUGGGGAAGAGGAUGCUUUCUUCUUUAACGAGAAGUUUACGAGUAAAUUGUAUAAGGUGAAGAUAGGAACGGUUGUGGCCCAGAAAGAGUCCGAACCUGAAAAGCAGGAGACGCGACAGAGGGUGGAAGAAGAUAGGAAGCCACAGAUAGAGGCGGCGAUAGUGAGGAUCAUGAAGUCGAGGAGGGUGCUGGAUCAUAAUAAUAUAGUUGCGGAGGUGACGAAACAGCUGCAAGUCAGGUUCUUGCCAAACCCUGUGGUGAUCAAGAAACGAAUAGAGUCCUUAAUAGAACGAGAGUUUCUAGAGAGGGACAAAGUGGACAGGAAGUUGUAUAGAUAUCUUGCUUGAACAAGGAUUGUAUUCCUCGUUUGUCUGUUUGUUGUUUGUUUUCUGGUGGUGGUGGUGCAAAGUGCAACUGCUGGGGAUCUUAAUUCAAUAUACUGUGCAAGCUAAAUGUAAUUCUCUGCUUUAUUUCUCUACUAUACCUUUUGUUUUAUACGUUUCUGUCAAAAUUAAUUUGGUCAUUUCUUAACUGAAGACCACCUUCUCAA